AGUGAUUAGUUGUGAGAAUGUCGUGUGUUCAUUAUAAAUUCUCGUCCAAACUGGACUACAACACCGUGACCUUUGACGGGCUGCACAUCACCCUGGCCGAGCUGAAACGGCAGAUUAUGGGCAGAGAGCGACUCAAAGCCACCGACUGCGACCUGCAGAUCACCAACGCACAGACCCGUGAAGAAUACACUGAUGAGGAGGUUCACAUCCCCAAACACUCGUCAGUGAUCGUCAGACGCACCCCCAUCGGGGGGGUCAAACCAGCAGGCAGAACGUUCAUUGUUGACCGUUCUGACAUGGCUGCUGGAUCCUCCAGACCCACCGACUCUUCACCGUCCGUCUCCCUGGCCCAGCUCUCUAAGACUGCCAACCUAGCGGAGGCCAAUGCAUCAGAGGAUGACAAGAUCAGAGCCAUGAUGUCCCAGUCCAACAGUGAAUAUGACCCCAUACAUUACUCUAAGAAGGCCAUAGGACCGCCUCCUGCACAUUACACCUGCUAUCGCUGUGGCAAGAACGGACACUACAUCAAACACUGCCCCAUGCAGAUGGAUAAGAGCGUAGAGGCUCCUAAGCCAAUCAGGACCAGUAAGGGCAUCCCUCAGAGCUUUAUGGUGAAGGCUGAACCAGGAACUAAAGGAGCCAUGUUGACCAGCACUGGAGAAUAUGCUAUUCCUGCUAUAGACGCGCAU